UAAAAAAAAAAAAAAAAAAAAAAAACGAUAAAUAAUAGAAAAUCAAAAUUAAAUAAAAAUAAAUUAGAAUUAAGUUCACGACCUUUGGGAGUGGUGGGAGACUGUUUGGGUAUAUAUAUGGGAGCUCCUAGCCAUAAGAGCUAUCAUUGUGUUGCUGACCUAGUUGGAGACAAGUUGCUGUUUUUAGUGUGUGUGUGCUACAGUGCAGUUAAAGUAAGUACAAUCUAUAUUGUUUAUUAUUAUUUUAAAAGACCCAUUUUGAUGAAAAUACUUUAUGUGGGGAUGUCUCCUCACACACAUCAUGAUGAUGAUUCAGUUUGAGAGAAUUUUAAAAGACCCAUUUUGAUGAAUUCUAUAUUGUUUAUUAUUAUUUCAAAAGAUCCAUAUUGAUAAAUACUUUGUGUGUGGGUGACUUUAAGAUGUCUCCUCACACACACACAUCAUGAUGAUCAUUCAGUUUGAGAUAGAGAAUUUUUAAAGACCCAUUUUGAUGAAUACUUUGUGUAGGGACUUUAAGAUGUCUCCUCACACACAUCAUGAUGAUCAUUCAGUUUGCAUACUAUUCAUUUUUUCUUAAAACUAUUCUUGUUGAAUGGGCAUUGUAAAAUCCAACCCUCCCCAUACUAGAGAUAACCACCCAUACAAUAUUAGAGAACCACCCAUACUAACGGCAUGUAUGUCGUUUUCAGCCAUGAUCUGAUCCAAUGGUAUUGACAUGAACAGCAGGCUUGAAGCAGCCUACCUUGCUGACCAGAUAUCUAGAGGACGUCUAGUGAUAAUGUGGGUACCUCAUGAUGAGGGAGACCAAAGGGCUUACAAUGAACUGAUGUCAAGGGGUAGAAUGGAAGUACAAUUCAUUCCAAACAAUCCUCAUUUACCACCAAUUACAUUUGGACCCAACCCUAGACAAGCUCCCCACAACAAUAACCUCCAUUCCUACAGGUCUGCUCCUUACAACCUACAAAAUCGAAGCCUUACUUCUACCCAAACUCGUAAUCCAACAUUCUGCGUCAAUGGCCUACAAUCUAUCAAUCCCCCACCCUGCGAACCUAUCAAUCACCCACAACAACCAUUCAAUCCUACUAUUAGCCGCCCAACUCUGAAUCCUACUCUGAACAAUGGCAACAUUCCCCAACCAAACAAUAUCAACCGUCAAACAAAUAGCAUUCCCCUACCAAACAAUAUCAACCGUCAAACAAAUAGCAUUCCUCUACCAAACAGUAUUCAACAUUCCAACAAUUCUACCCAGCAGCCUAACCGUUCUACAUCAAAUCCUCCUCAUUCUCUUCUUACUCCUCCUCCUCAUCCUCCAUCUCCUUCUCCUCCUCCUCCUCCAUGCUUCCAAACCAGUGCUAAUUCAAGAAACCCAAGUACCCAGCCACGUCCUCAACCACAUCAAUUCCAACCCUGGAACCAUGGAGACUUUCGAUUAAUGUGGGUGCCAGAUGACCCAACCUUCCCACCCCAAACCUUUCUUUAAGCAUACCCCUCAGUACAGCUACACCCAUCAUGUCAGAAUAAAUAAGGUUAGACAUUGAAAAAUUAAGUUUCAAUGCUUUAUCAAAUAACACUGCAUGAACAAUGCUUCCAACCCUCUUUCUAUGCAUGACAGUUAUGAUGGAUA